CUGCUUUUCCUUUCUGCUCUGCCGUCCUCUGCCGCUGGGUCGCUGAUGAUGCCGCGCAGAGCGGGGCGCUUGUACAUUUCUGUGUGCGGCUACAACCGCAGUUCCCAAGAUUGAAGUCGAAUGAAACGGGAGAGGAGCUUGAAAUACGAUGAUGGAUCGUCCGAGCCGUUUCUCAUCGCUCGGACAGCUGUAACGUCGGCGGACACACGCGUGGAUUCAUCAAAGGGUCGGUGUUUAGGGCUUCACUUUGUUUGACAUUCAGCCAGCGACAGAAUGAUCGAGGAAGGCAGUAAACGAGGCAAGGCCAUGGUGGAGAAGAGGCAGCUCUUCAUGGAAAUGAGAGCUCAGAACUUCGAUGUAAUCAGACUGUCGACUUACAGGACUGCCUGCAAACUCCGGUUUGUGCAAAAGAGAUGCAACCUUCAUCUGGUGGAUGUCUGGAACAUGAUCGAAGCCUUUCGUGACAACGGGCUCAACACACUGGACCACAACGCUGAGAUCAAUGUGUCGCGGCUGGAGACUAUCCUGUCUUCCAUCUACUACCAGCUCAACAAGCGGUUGCCCACCACCCACCAGAUCAAUGUGGAGCAGUCCAUCGGCCUGCUGCUCAACUUCAUGGUGGCCACCUACGACAGUGAAAGCCAUGGGAAGCUGACAGUUUUCUCAAUGAAAGCCAUGCUGGCAACAAUGUGUGGAGGGAAAAUUGUGGACAAACUACGCUAUAUUUUCUCACAGAUCUCUGACUCAAGUGGAGUCAUGAUGUUUGCAAAGUUCGAUCAGUUCCUCCGGGAGGUGCUGAAACUCCCCACAGCCGUGUUUGAGGGUCCUUCUUUUGGCUACACGGAGCAUUCAGUGCGGACGUGCUUCCCUCAGCAGAAGAAGAUCAUGCUGAACACGUUUUUGGAUGUGUUGAUGGCAGACCCUCCCCCUCAAUGCCUCGUAUGGCUACCACUCAUGCACCGACUUGCUAAUGUUGAAAAUGUCUUCCAUCCGGUGGAAUGUUCCUAUUGCCGGAGCGAGAGCAUGAUGGGUUUCCGGUAUCGGUGCCAACAGUGCCAUGGCUACCAGCUCUGUCAGAGCUGCUUCUGGCGUGGCCAUGCCAAUGGUCCCCAUAGCAACCAGCACCAGAUGAAGGAGCACUCAUCUUGGAAGUCUCCGGCCAAAAAGCUGAGCCACGCAAUCAGUAAAUCUCUAGGCUGCGUCCCCAUCGGAGAGCCGCCGCAUCCUGUGUUCCCCGAGCAGGCUGAGAGACCACAGGAACUCACCCAUACUGUUCAGCCGAAACCAGUGGCCAACAACAUGAACGACACAAUGCUCAUGUCCUCUGGGGCACCUACUCCUACCAAAAGUGUCUUGGAGAGUCCCAGUCGGCUAGAUGAAGAGCACCGCCUCAUCGCUCGCUACGCUGCCCGCCUGGCAGCCGAGGCAGGCAACUCCACACAACAAUGUCCUCCAUCAGAUCUGGGUUUCAACUUCGAUGCCAAUAAGCAACAGAGACAGCUGAUUGCAGAGCUGGAGAACAAAAACAGGGAGAUCCUCCAGGAGAUCCAGCGGCUGCGUUUGGAGCACGAGCAGGCCUCUCAGCCGACCCCAGAAAAGGCCCAGCAGAACCCCACACUUCUGACCGAACUGCGGCUCCUCAGACACAGGAAGGACGAGCUGGAGAGGCGCAUGUCGGCCCUGCAAGAGAGCAGACGGGAGCUGAUGGUGCAGCUGGAGGGACUCAUGAGGCUGCUAAAGGAUGAGGAGCAGAAGCAGGCUUCCCAGUCUGGAGGCUCCCCUCAUUCUUCCCCCAGUCACGGUGCGGGCUGCUCCAUGCCCAUGCCCAUACGCUCCACCUCGGCUGGGUCCACCCCAACACACACACCACAGGACUGCCUGGCAGGGGUGGGAGGGGACGUGCUUGAGGCCUUUGCUCAGGGAGUACCAAGAAAUCUUCGGAAUGAUCUAUUAGUUGCUGCUGACUCAAUUACAAACACCAUGUCAUCACUGGUGAAAGAGCUGCACUCAGUGGAUGACGGGGGAGACGAGGAGGAGACCAACAUGAGGAACGGUGGGGACAGAGGCACAGUUAGAGUACCGAAGCACUGAGGAAAAGACAACACCAUUCCACCCUGUAAGGACAAACAGUCAUCAAAUGGGAAGAAUCUGUAACAACAACAACAACAACAACCCCUGGCAUUAGCACGUAGAGUAAUGCAUGCUGUAAUCUAACAGGAUUUCACUAUGUGAAAAAAAAUGAUUUCUUCACACCUUGCAGGUAGCAAGAUGUGUCUAAUUAGCGAGUGUGUAUGUUGUCCUGUAAACAAAAACUGCUGUAAUUACCCAAUGAUUUCCCUCAUGACUGCUAAGGAAUGGCUUGCUGUGCUUUCUCCCCCAACUGUUCCAUCGCAGCAGAUCAUUCUGUAUAUAAAAUACUGUAAAACAUCUGACCACGGGAACGCCCCUGACAUGAAGGUGACCUCCUGUCACACACCAUGUUCCCUGUCAUUGCUUUUGUAUAAUUAGCGCUAGUAUUAUUAUUUUGUCUUUUUUUUUUUUUUAAUCAUUUUUGCAUGAAGUUGCACUCAUGUCUGGAUUUACGUACUGUACCAUGCUAUGCCAGCUCUUUGUGGGUUUAGGAUGACAGCCGGGGUGUCAGAAGUGUCCUGCCUGAGUGUGUUUACUCACGCAACCAUAUUCUGAAAAAAUUAUUGGAGUUUUGCCAUCACCAUGAGGGUGCCAGGCAACCAGCGGAGACUCCAGGAAAUCUCUGUGCCAGCAUAUAAUUCACUCCUAAAAAACCACAACUUGUCUUGAUUAAACAAACAAGAUAUAAUGCAUCAGAGUGAGCUUUAGAGGUGCUGCUAGUUGUCUGUUUACCCCUGUUUCCAGGCUUUAAACAGCCUAAGCUAACCUGGUCAUCCAAAACCUUUGGCUUUUUUUAUUCAUUUUAUUUCUAAUGCAUUGUGUUCAAUAUUAUACAUAAAUGUUACCUUGGAUAAUUUUCAAGUGUAAAAACAAGUUGUAGUUUUAAAAGAUGUUGGGGGCUGAACUAUUUCUCAACCAAGCACAGUGACUUCCUGCAGUCAUAUUUUUGAGAGGAGGUUCCCAACCAAAAUAACC